GAAUUAGUGAGGAUUUAGGGUUUAAGGAUUUUUUAUUGGAGAGAGUGAGGGGGGGAGAGGAAGAGGAUGAAGUCGGUGGUGGGAAUGGUGGUGUCGAACAAGAUGCAGAAGUCGGUGGUGGUGGCGGUGGACAGGCUGUUCCACCACAAGCUCUACAAUCGAUACGUCAAGCGGACCUCCAAGUUCAUGGCUCACGACGAAAACGACCUCUGCAACAUCGGCGAUCGAGUUAGAUUGGAUCCGUCGAGGCCGUUAAGUAAACGGAAGCAUUGGGUUGUUGCUGAAAUUCUCAAGAAAGCAAGGAUAUAUGUGCCUCCAUCAGCAGGGGAUAGCGGUGCUCCGAAUACUGCUGGGAUGAAAGCGUCGGCUUCUUCGACCUCCUAAGUAAAGUGGUUUCAGAGUUUGCAAACAUGGUAACGCUACAGAAGAGAAUGAUGUCGUGUCUUUGGUAGUAUUGUGUUUUGGUAGGGACUAGUUUAGUAUGGAGAAAACAUGUGACGUCUACACUAGUGUUUAAUGCUCUCUUAAAUAACUUCCAAGUAGUGAUGCUUGGAAAUUUAGAAAUACAGUUUGCCAUGUAAAUGUACUGGAAUAUUGUUUUGAAUAGUUUUAUGUUAGCAUAGUGUGAGAAUUCCAGCACACAAAGGAAAAUUGAUAUUAACCCAAAUGGAGUCCUCCUGGUGUACAAGCCUGAUGUUUCCAUUAUUCUCCAUGGCAGGUGAAAGUUUGCUCAAGGCAUCUAAAAGAGUAAGGUGUCUUGGAUUGGGAUUAGCAAACUACAACAUUUUGCUUAGAAUAAGGCUGAUAGCUGAAAUUAAAGUUUGUUGUUUGUGUUUGUUCAAUUUUUGUAUGUGUUUUAGAAAGAUGAACCUUUGGUUACUGAAACAUAACUAGAGGAGGGAUUUAUGUCCUGUUUUGUGUUUUAUUUCAUCCAGACAUAUUUGAUAAAUCAUACCUUCUAUCAUUAACAAAAAUCCCAUAUUUGUGAGCUA